UAAAAUUAAACAAAAAUCAUCCCGAGUCAAAUGUGUUGUGGAAUCUUCUCCUUGAUGCUUAAAAUAUAACACUGGAUUUGUCUCACUUUUUUCUUUGAUUUGCUCUACCCACAGUUAUAGUAGCAGAAUUUCGAACGUCAUUUAAGACUCGUUGUACUGUUACACCCAUACCUAGUUUGCCUAAAAAAAAUGUUAUUUAUUUCAAAUAGAUAAAGUGUUAUUACCUUGCUAGCUAAUCUUGGAUGGUAUGACCGAUGACAAAUAUAAUACGUGUAUUCCACAUUAUGUUGUCGCAAGUAUAACCAUUUUUCUGUAUGCGAUUAACCUUCCACAAAAUACAAGAUGAUACAUUCAGACAUAUUAUUUAUAAAAUAAAUCAAAAUAAGAAUUUUUAAAAUAAAAAUUUUGUGUUUAAUUAUGGCCUAACAUUUAUAAAACUUGAUAUUAUAAUAUGUAUCUGUGGUAAAAGCUCUGUAUGUUUUCUUUUUAAAUGUUUAUUCAAAUUAGAUACAGUUGAAAAUGUAGUAUUACAUAGAACACAAUCUCUGGAACUCAUUUCUCUAAUAUUGUAUUGUAAUAUUAAUCAUAAAUAAUAAUAAUUAUAACUGGGAACUUAGUUGUAUUAUUAUAACACUGGUAUUGAAAAACUAGUCUGUGAAAUAAUCUCUAAAUAACUGGUUAUUUGUUAUUUAAUGUGAUGGAAUAACCCCCCUUAUAGUUUUGCUUAAUACGCUUCAUCUUAUAAUAAUAAAUAAUACAAUUUUGAUAAACUUAGUUGUAUUAUUAUUACAAUGGUAUUGAAAAACUAGUCUGUGAAAUAAUCUCUAAAUAACUGGUUAGUUUGUAUUACAUUUUUAAACUUUUUUUUUGAACGCUUAAAUAAAUUUAAAUAAAUCACGAAAUGGAAAAAGGCGGUAUACUUCGUAAUCAGUGAUAAACUGAUAACCGUGUGAUAAAUAUGUAGUGAUAAAUGUGAUAAGCGAUUUGACGCCAUGUUGGAUUCUUUUGGGAUUUUUCCUGCGAAGAUCCAUUCUGUUUUCACCACAGACUUAAUCUAUAGUCACGAUUUAAGAUAGUACUAUCUUAAAUCGUGUCUAUAGUAUAGAAGUCUGUGGUUUUCACCUAUUCUGUGAUACCACAGUAUCAAUAUCUGUGAUAAAUAUAAAACCUAUUCUGUGUUAUGGCGGCAAAUUGUUUAACACUGAUAAAUGAUAACAGAAAUUCGAAUUUUUUAUUUAAUAAAAUCUUAGAUCGGCCUUAAAUAAACUUAAUUUAAAUAAACUUUAAUGACUAAUCAGUUUUCCGAAAUUAGUCAAUAUUAUCCAAUAUAUUAAAUUUAUCACAUUUAUCAAAUAUCAUUGAAUAAAAUAGUAAAUAGGUAAAUUCAUGAUUGAAAUAACUAGUUAUUUUUAUCAUGGGUAAAUUUAGUUCAGUGUUUAACAAAACAUUCCAUGCAGGAUGAAAUAUAAUAUUAUGACUGCAGUUUUGUGGAAGAAGUGAAAAUUAAAUAGUCAUUGGUUUUUAAAAAUUUUUAAAAUCAUGUCUCGAAAUCAUAUAACUGUACAUCCAGUCGAUGGGGAUCAAAAAAAAGGUUCAAAGAACAUUUUAUCUCAAAUACCACAUUAUUAUUUGCCAGGCUUAAAUACGUAUUUGCUGAGUACCAUCAAAAACAGCAAUGAAGCUAUUCAGAAUUAUUCUGCACCUGAUCGUUUCAACCUACCUGUACCAUGUAUUACAUUUUCAGACAUAGAAUUGAUUUUUAUAAUUGCAGGAAUUAAUGCAGUUUUGGAUAUGAUCAAUUUAAAAGUACAAUGGAAACAUGAAAAUGAAAAAUUAUUAGGAUUAUGUAAAAAAAAAUUAAGCUUUAAUACUUUAAAUGGCUUAAAAACAUCAUUAAAUACAAAUGAAUCAAAAAUGUAUUCAACAAUUCCGUAUGUCUUGACUCGUUUUACAUCAAAUUUGAUAGAAAACCCUGAUCAAUAUUUUGAUUCUGAAUAUAAUUGGUAUUUUAGCAAUACAAUUGAAAAAUUUCAAAUUAAUGGAAAAUGGUUGUUAGCUUGUGCCAGAGGAGUAAACCUUGAUAUUUUAGAUAUAAUAUCAAUUGAUAAUAAUACAUUUGAAAUAAUUCAAAGUAAAAAAGACAAAUGUCUUAAGGAUACAAUUUUUGAUAUAAAAUCUUCAAAUUUAAAAGAAUUAAUGAUUCGACAAAAGACCAAAUUAUCUAUAUUUUGGAAUAAUUCUGAUUCAGAACAUUUAUUAAAUAACAAUUCAAUUUAUGAUAAUUGUGAUAUACCAUUUGCUGAUGCUGAUAUAAUAACCAACAAUUUUUGUUCUGCUGAUGUGAAACAUAUUAUUAAAUUAUGGAAAAACGGAAAUUGUAUUCAAAAUAAAUAUUUUGAUGUGGUGUAUGAUCAAACUGAUUCAUUUAUACAUUUAAGUUACUUACAAAAAGAAUCUAAUUUAAUUGGCAUUAUCAAUAGACAAAAACUCUACUUAAUAGAUGCCCGGAUUGAUAUUUCUAAGCCUUGCUCUACUUAUGACCCAACUACUAUUUUAGAACCAUGUGAAGAAUUAACAACAUUAAAAAGUAGUCAUUUAAAUAGUCAUAGUAUUUAUGUAGCUUCCAACCAUUCGGUUUUGACAUUUGACAAUCGAAUGGGAUUCGUAAGCAAAUCAUAUCACAUGCUUUCAAAUCCUCCAUCCCUAAUUAACAUACAUCGUUAUGAAAACAAUUUUGAUUCAAAUGAAAUGUUGUUUUUGGGAAACCAAACUGGUGAAAGCCUUGUUUAUUUACCAUAUACUUCAUAUCCAGAUAGCUUUUUAUCGUGUCAAAGCAUUGCAUCAUCAAUUCCAAACCCAUUACAAUCAUUACAUAAUGUACGACUUAAAGGAUAUUGCUUAAAUCCAAAAUUAUUAGAUAGAUUUUCACGGUGUUUAACUGGUACUACUAUUUUUGGUGAACAUAUUAAAGAUUUAAAACUAUUUAGUAUUAAUUCUGUUGGAGACUUAUUUGUUCAAAAGGUAAAUGAUAGUACACCAAUAGAUGUGACUGAAUUUAAUAAAAAAGUUACAAUUAAACCUCAAACUGUUCCAAAGCUAAAUUAUUCAUAUAAGUUUAAUAUGAGUAACCUAUGGCAAUUAGAUACACCAGACAAACAUGAAGAAAUUAAUGUUAAAAAAGAUAAUUUUUGGAGUUUGUCAAAAGAAAAAAUGUCAUCGUACGUAGACCACCUCGCUCCAAUAAUAUUAUCCCCAUGGGAUAUAGAUGACUUAUCUGAAUGGGAGAAUGAAGAUGAGAAUGUUGAUGCCAAUGACGAUUCUGAUUGUGACUAUGCGACUAAAGUUAAUUUUUGGUUCAAUAAAAAUGACACAUUGUUGAGGUCAACAGAACUUUUAGAGCCAAGCACUGAUAAUCUGCCAAUUAAUAUUUUAUCUCAAGCUUCUACUACAAAAACUGUUCCUCCAUCAGAAAAUGACGAUGAUUCCAGUUCAGGUUAUACAAUUUCAUUAAAAUCUGAUGACGAUUAAUAAUUUUAAGUGUAGAUUUUUUUUAAUUGUAUAUUAUGUAACAUUUAAACUAUACUUGUAUAUAAAUAAGAAAGAAUAGCUAAUACAAUUGGAGAAAUAAUAUAAAUAUGUGUCAUAAAACUAUCAAUAAGCAGUCAGUGCAAAUUAGAAACUGAAAAUAUUCUAAAAUAUAGUAUCAUUUAUUUUGAAA